GUGAUUGUGAAAUUCUAAGAAACCAUAAUUUAAUAGAAUAUAUGCAUAUAUUAUAUGUGAUAAGAAAAAAUUUUGAUUUAUUAUUAAUAUGAAUGUUGAAAGAUUAAUAUGCAUAAAUUAAAUAAUUUUAUAGCAAUUAUACCUUUAUUAUUUCUUGGUUAUGAUAAAUUUAUCUCUUGUGAUGAAUAUGAAAUUCGUGAUUUAUAUAGCAAUUGGUCUUUAAAAAAUCAAAGCAGUUCUACAGAAAUCGUAGUGGGAAGAUUACCAGUUGGAGUUUAUACAGCUUUAAAAAGCCAAUAUGGUGAUGUCUUGGACUCAAAAAACGAUGUCGACUUACGUUGGAUUGCCAAAGAAAAUUGGACUUUCACAAAUAAAUUCUCAUUAAACAAGUCAGAAUAUCAAAGUGUGCGCUGUGUAAACUUAACUUUACAUGGCGUUGAUACCGUGGCUAAUAUUCGUCUUAAUGGCAAAGUCAUCGGCACCACAAACAAUAUGUUCGUGCGUUAUUCCUUUAAUGUUAUUCCCUAUCUGCAAGAGGAAAAUACAUUAGAGAUACAGUUUUUAUCGCCAUUAUGGGCUGCAAAUCAUAGCGCAGCAGCCUUGGAGGCAAAUAAUAUCAACACGCCACCAAAGUGUCCAAAUGAACGUGAGAAAAGUGAAUGUCAUCGGAAUAUGCUCCGUAAGAUGCAGGCUAGUUUUGGUAGUGGAUGGAAUCCUGCAGUACCCUCAGUAGGAAUAUGGAAGCCAGUACAUUUGGAAGCUUUUGAUGUGGCUAUAAUGCGUGAUGUAGAUAUUGCAAUUAAUCGAAAUGAUACACAUUGGAUAAUGGAUAUACGCGUUUUUCUCAGUACUGGUGUUAAAGAAAAUUUUUAUGGAGAAUUAAUGUUGUAUGCGCCAGAAUUACUGGAUCAACCAUUAAAUACAAGUCGACAAGAUUUGAACUAUGUUUCACCUAUUUUGGAACUUGAAGUACCGAUUCCAAAGGAGAAAGUAGAACUUUGGUGGCCAAAUGGUUAUGGAGCGCAAAAACUGUAUCCAUUACUUUUUUCAAUGAACUGUUGGAUAGCCGACGCUAGACCAAAAAGACUUGCUAAGACUAUAUCGAAAAAGGUUUUGCAUGUUGGUUUCCGAACUAUUGAAUUGGUCGAAAAUUUAGAUGUCUGGGGACGUACUUUUUACUUCAAAGUUAAUGGUCAUCCUAUUUUUAUGAAAGGUGCUAAUUAUAUGCCUGUGCAUAUUUUACCGGAGUUAUCAGCGGAUGAGCGAAGAAUGAGAUAUGUAUUGAAAGCAGCUAAGCAGUCUCACAUGAAUAUGAUACGUGUAUGGGCUGGUGGAUUAUAUGAGUCUGACACUUUUUAUAAUACAGCAGACGAGUUCGGUUUGCUUGUAUGGCAAGAUAUGACUUUUAGUGAUGCUACAUAUCCUGUAACAGAUGAAUUUGUGGAAUCUGUGCGAGUCGAAGCAGUACAAAAUGCUAAACGUAUCUCUUAUCAUCCAAGUUUAGCAAUUAUAGUCACAAAUAAUGAGAUUGAGUGGUAUUUAACAAGAAAUCGUACAGAUUUUGGUUAUGAUGCUGAACGUCUUGAUGAUGAAUAUAAGAAACUCUUUCUUGGCACCAUUAAACAUGAGCUAAAUGUUAUAACCCGUCAGAAAUUUAGUCCACGUCCUGGUCCUAUGAUGUCAACACCAUCAAUAGGUGUUGAAGAAGUUAAAAAGGAUAUACCAGCAGAUCCGCAAACAAUAAAUUAUGGAGAUGUGCAUUUCUUCGAGGAUGAGAAAGAUGGCUGUAAUCCUGAUAUAUAUCCACGAGCACGGUUCGUAAGUGAAUAUGGCUGGCAAAGUUUACCAGUAAUGUCUUCUUGGAAUCGUACACUCGGUACAGGUGAUACAGUUGUGGGUCUGAUGAAACAUCGCCAACAUGAUCCAAAGUAUUUUGGACCUAUGAUGCAGUUAAUAGCAAGACAUUUACCAUUCAAACCAAGUGAGUGGGAAAAUGAUGUUGAGAACUUCGUAUAUUUCAGUCAAGUGGCCCAAGCAAUGGCUGUUAAAACUGCAACUGAACUUUUUCGAAGUCAACGAGCACAUAAUCAUACUAUGGGUGCCAUAUAUUGGCAAUUGAAUGAUGUAUGGGUAGCACCAACAUGGUCUAGUAUAGAUUACUAUGGCAAUUUCAAGAUACUUUAUUAUUGGUCCAAAAAUUUUUUGAAACCAUAUGCAAUUUUUGCGCUAUAUGAUUCCAAGAACAAAGGGCUGAAUAUAACUCUGGUGCGUGAUGAAGUGACAGAACAAAGAGAUGCUAGGGUUUACGAUGUUACCAUGAACACAUUUUUAUGGUCAAAGUUAUAUUUACAAAAAAAUAUUACGUGGCAAUUUAUAUUGGAAUCAAAUUCAAUAUCCCAAAAUAUAAAACAAAUCGAUGAUAUAAUUAAAGAGCCAUACAAUGUGAAUAAUUGCUUUUUAGAAUUUGUUUUAAGUGAACCAGAAACUGGUAAUAUAUUAGCUAGCACUUGGUUCUUCCCUAGCACAGUAUCUAAAGCAAUUGGUUUAGUUGAUCCUGAAAUAAAAGCUACACUCUCGUCUGCUACUUGCACGUCCUCAAAAACCAGUUAUAGUUUGACUAUACUUGUUAAUUAUCCUGCUCUAUUUGUUUAUAUUGAAUUGCAACAUCAUCGCAUUGUCAACUACACUUUAUCAGAUAAUGGAUUUGUACAAGUUGUUCCGGCCAAAAUGGUUCAUAUAGAAUAUCAGGAGACGGAAUGCAUUACUAUAACAAUGGCGAAUAUAAAGAUUUUGACUAUGAAUCAGUUUAUGUCUGGUACCACUAGCACAAGUGGUAGUGCAACAACUUCUACUACAACUACUACAGCCAUGCCAAGUGAUACAACUGUGACAACUGCAAGCCCAAUUACGUCUUCAGUUGAUAUUGACGUCGAUUUAAUUAGUUAAUAAAAUUACCCAAAACUAUGUCUAUGAAUAGAUAUAAUAUAUUGAAA